GGGGGAACGGGGCGGGCGCUUCCUGGCGGCGGAAGCGGCGGCGGAGGCCGGGGGGUGGGCGCUGGGCGCUGGGUGCUGGGCGCUGAGCCGAACGGGUCCCGCCGCCCAGCUCCGGUGUCCCGUAGGCGGCCGGUGGAGGCGGCAGCAUGUCGGUGGCGGGGCUCAAGAAGCAGUUCUACAAGGCCAGCCAGCUGGUCAGCGAGAAAGUUGGAGGGGCUGAAGGGACCAAACUUGACGAUGACUUCAAGGAAAUGGAAAAGAAAGUGGACCUGACCAGCAAGGCCGUUACAGAAGUACUGACCAGAACAAUAGAGUACCUCCAGCCAAACCCAGCUUCCAGAGCCAAGCUAACCAUGCUGAACACGAUGUCGAAGAUCCGCGGGCAGGUGAAGAACCCUGGCUACCCGCAGUCGGAAGGGCUGCUGGGGGAGAGCAUGAUCCGAUACGGCAAGGAGCUGGGCGAGGACUCCAACUUCGGCGAUGCACUUCUCGAUGCCGGUGAAUCUAUGAAGCGACUGGCUGAAGUGAAGGACUCGCUGGACAUUGAAGUCAAACAAAAUUUUAUUGAUCCCCUCCAGAACCUGUGUGACAAAGACCUGAAAGAGAUCCAGCACCAUCUUAAGAAGCUGGAAGGCAGACGCUUGGACUUUGACUACAAGAAGAAACGACAGGGAAAAAUCCCUGAUGAGGAACUCCGACAGGCCAUGGAGAAAUUUGAAGAGUCCAAGGAAGUGGCAGAGACCAGUAUGCACAACCUCCUAGAAACCGAUAUCGAGCAGGUGAGCCAGCUCUCAGCCCUGGUGGAUGCCCAGCUGGACUACCACAGGCAGGCAGUGCAGAUCCUGGACGAGCUUGCAGAAAAACUCAAACGCAGAAUGAGGGAGGCCUCCUCGCGUCCCCGGCGGGAAUACAAGCCCAAGCCCAGGGAGACGUAUGACUUUGGAGAGACUGACCAGUCCAACGGGGGCUUCUCUUGCAAUCCUACCCCUAAAGUCUCAGCUUCCUCCUCUUUCCGAUCCGACAAGCCGUCCCGGGCCUCCGUCAGGAGUAUCCCUCACCUGGACCAGCCGUGCUGCAAGGCGCUCUACGACUUCGAACCCGAGAACGACGGCGAGCUGGGCUUCAAGGAGGGCGACAUCAUCACCCUCACCAACCAGAUCGACGAGAACUGGUACGAGGGCAUGAUCAACGGCCAGUCGGGCUUCUUCCCGCUCAACUACGUGGAAGUGCUGGUUCCGCUACCUCAGUGAGACGGCAUCUCUCCCCCACCCCGGCCCCGCUCCGCUCGCGCCCUCUCCAUGGCGCGGGGCCGAGCCUGCAUUCCACGUCUGUCCCGACACCAGCCCCUCUCCGGCGGGGCGGGGGAGAAGACGCGGCCGUUAGCUCUUCGUCGUUAGCUCUUCCUCGUCUCACGGCGAGUUUGCCACCAGGGAACAAGCCAGAAGGGUCGGAUGGCCCCCACCCCGGAGAAUUUGGUUGGUGUUUUUGUUUUUUUUUUUUUGUUUUUUUUUGUUUUGUUUUGUUUUUUGGUCCUUCUGGUGCUUGAACUUAGGUACUUUAUGAGCCCCGCCAGGUUCCUCGCGGUCUGUACAUUUAAGCUGGGUCGCAGGCCUCUCCUUGUCCAGUUUUUGUCUUUGCUUUGGUCAAGUGUCCGUACAAACCAGGGCAGCCGUGCCGGAGAGCUGGGGCGCGCGUCCUUCACGCUGAGCACCAGCGCAGGGAGACACGGCCCGGGGCCGGGCAGGCGGUGUUGGGGACAAAGCAGGCCUGAGCCUCGUGGAGGGGCAAGAGCUUUGCCCCCCUCCUGCCCCGGCGCAGGCAGCUGCUGCCGAACACUACCCCUCUCCCCGCGGACACGCGGCCGCCCUCGCAGCCCUGACACCGCUGCAGCCCCGCGCCCUCUGCACCGCUGCAGGAGCGGAUCCGCGGCUCAGCGGAGGCAGCGCAGGGCAGAGCAACACUACAACGCAGGUCCAACACUAAACCGGCCAGGGGUGGUGCUGAGCCCUGCCCGGUGCUGAGCCCUGCCCGGGCGUUAGCCCUCUGCCCUCUCCCCAGCAGAGCUCGAUCCCGAAGGUGGUGGCUGCCCCCUUCUGCCCCAGAAGGGUUUGAGGCUGGGUUGCUUCCGAGCUUUGGGCCUUUCCUACCGCAGGCUCCGCUCGCAGAGCUGGGGGUUAAAUCAGGGGGCAGGGGGCUGCCCGUGGCAGGGCAGAGCAGCUCCCGGCCUGGUCCCGUGCGAGAUCCUCUUGCCCCGUGGCUCUGUUUGUUCUCCCCACGCCCCAAGCAGCCGUCAGCACCCCAAGAGGCUGAGCUGCAGGCUCCUCGCUUGCUGCUCGGGGCUGCUCGGCUCGAGUAAAGCUGAUCCCCACGUGCCUUCCUGCUGCCCCCUGCCCCUCACCAGCUGUGGUCCGGGCUCUGUCACCUCUGGCUUUUGCUGCCUGCCGACAGGUUCAGAGAACAGCCCCCUGGGGUCUCUGCGCCCCUUGGGCCCGAGCCUCCAUCCCCUGUUCCUGUCCUGGUGUCAGGAUGGGGCCCCUGGCCACCCUCAGCACCCCAGGCGAGAGGGGGGCAGCGCCGCCUCCUGCACCUGCAGCCCUCCCCCCCCCCACCCCGCUUCCUUGCCUUUCCAGCAUUGAUAGAAAAAUGGUUUCCUCCCCUUCGUGGGGACCUGGCACCUCUGCUGCAGGGCUUGGCAGGGCUUGGGCACCUCUCUCCUCGACCAGCAUCCCCUCCCUUCCCGGCUGGCAGCCGAGCCGUCGCUCCCUGCCAGCGCCGUGCCGCAGCGCGCCCCUGUCCCCGCUGCUCCCGUCUCCUGUUACAUUUACACGGAACCUUUUUAAAUGUUUUUAACCACGCAUGUCGAUGUACGUCUGGUCCCCCGCCGCGCCGUGCUCCGAGCAGGCCGAACCCCGGGCAGGAGCUGCCCCUUGUCUGGCACCAGCGCCUGGUGCAGGACGCGGGGGCACGCGGGGCUCCCCACCCCGGGUCCCAGCAGGGCAGGGAGCCCACGGGACUGGUGUCCCCAGGGCCCUCGUGUCCCCAGGGCCCUCGUGUCCUCAGGACCCUCACGUCCUCAGGACCCUCGCAUCCCCAGGGCCCUCAAAUCCCCAGGGCCCUCACCUCUGUCCCCACACUGCUGGGGGGCCAGGGUCGCAGCCCGGGAGCACUGGCUCCUGCUCAGGUGGAUUGAGAUGAGUCUGUCAGCUGGGAAAACUCGCUAAGACCUUUUUUUUUUUUUUGUAAUGGUUUCUCCUGGUUUUUAGGGGAGAAAAAAAAAAAAAAAGACCCACAAAUCUCAACUUGUAUCUCUGAAUAAAAGUAUUAAAUGUUUUCUUCUUUCUAA